CAUUGCUUAAGGACGCCAGACAUUAUGUGUGUAGUGGUUUAGGAGACUCAUCGAGACACAGGGUGUACAAAAUGGAAGAAGAGCGUGAUGCGAUCGACAGGUCGGUCAACGGUCUGCAGGAUAUGCCCACAUUGCCACUUGAAACUGCCGCAAUGAACAUGAUACCAGAGUACUUCCAAGCGUUGUCUAUCCGGUUAUCCAACGUACUGGACAAUAUUGGAGCCGGCACAAGCACUGUCAUGGAGCGGAGAGAAACAUACUUGCAGAGGGAGUGCAUGGCGACGAUAACAGAUCUGCUGAAGGGAAACGAUCUUAAUUACUUCCACUUCGGGAGCCAGUCUGAAGGUACCACGAUUCCUGGUCUCAAUUCUGAUGUUGAUGUUUUACUCAGUCAGAACGCAGUGAAUAUCAUGACGCACUGGCGAGACUGGGAGUGUGGGAUGAAUAAUCUUCUGAUGCUUCAUGGCGACAUCCCUUUUCCUCAACAGUACUUGCUACAGAACAUCAGAAGAUUAUCAGCGGAACCGGUAAUUACUAUUAUCGAUGACAGGGCAGUAAGAAAAGAUUCUGGGCAAAUACUGUUCAGCUCGGAACGAUGGAAACAGGAAUCAGAGCAGAUAUUUUCAGAGCGAGGGGAGAUAACAAAAAAUGGACCUUCUGUUAGUUAUGCGCCCAACUGGGAUAUGGUAAGGGCGUUGCCCGUUUGCAAACCUCUUCCGGAAAUACAAAGAUGGAUAGACAGAUGUAUAGGUAGACACUGGCCACCUGCCCAAUUACUGGAGGCUGCACAGGUAGCUCCGUGUUUUCUGGUACCUUCCGGUCAUCCAGACAGUGAUUACAAACGCGAAGAAUGGCGUGUGUCUCCAAACCUGAUUGAACGAAUGUUGAUGUUUAGUUUUAAUAUGACACAAAUAAAAUGUUACAUCGUUUUGAAAUUAAUUAAGCAAACCUUAUUUAGGAAAAUGGUUGGAGACUUUGUCACAAGUUUCCAAUGUAAAACUUUAAUGUUCUUCGCCAUAGAGAGAACACACCCUUCUCUGUGGAAGGAGCAUAACCUCAUGUUUCUACUUGUACAAUGUUUACAAGUAUUACGGAAAUGGCUGCAAAUCGGAAGAAUCCCUCAUUACAUCAUAGAAGGAGUGAACUUGUUUGACGGGAAAGUGUCUUUAGUUCAACAGAGACGCCUUUUACAGUACGUUGACUUCUUAAUAAAGAACAACUUGCAAGAUUUAUUCUACAUAGAUAUUGAUCAAUUGGGAAAUCGGUUACAAGCGUCGGGUAAACGGCGAAUCGGACGGCCCAGAUAUGGAGAACAUGGACCAGUAUGCUUUCCUCAAAGAAUCAGUUUAUUGCUGAAGUUCGAGUGCUUAGAAAGAUUUAUUGUUUCCUUAAAAAGUGUAAUAAAUCAGAAGCUUAGUUCGAAUACGACUGUCCAGCAAGGCAUAACAUAUAAAUUACGCACUGUUUUUGAAUUCUCCAAGAAUGUCAAAUUGACAACCGUUCCUUUAGACUUCAUUAAUCACCUUUACGCAUUACACAAUUCAGUACAAUUAUCUCGGUGUUUGCGACAAGGGAACCCUGCUUUCCACGAACUUAUACGGCGUUACAAAUAUUCCUUAAGCACGGACAUAGCAUCUAGUCGCUUAAAGUUGGCUUCUACUUUAUACUGUUUUGGACAUCUUCACGCGGCGAUGAAAGUGUUGGAGGACGUCGAGAAGAGGUAUCAUAGCAAGGUCAAGGCUGUCUGUGGAUACGAACUUAAAACAGGAGACCGUGAUCCCAAGGUAUUUGCUAAUAUGAUAUCAGAUAAAGGUAACAACGUAUUUAGCGAACCUCCAUUUGCAUUUUGCGUAACGUUUGUUAGACAAGAAGCGCACUGCGCUCCAUUUAUACUGUGGUACGAUAUGCAUCGGAAUAUGACUGAAGCGGAAGUUGCACAGAGAAAUUACCUUCAGAAACAAUGGAUGGACAACGCUGAAGUGGAUGCGUUCCCUUUCUUCUACUAUCUACAGUAUCUCACGUAUGGCGGGCUAGGUAAACGUGAAAAACAAUUACACGCAAUGAGAAUGCUUGAGUCUUAUCUAUGCGAUUCAAAAAAUCAGAUAAACCUGUAUCACAACGCAACUUCACUGCACUUGCUUGGUCACUGCUUCGAAAUUGAAGGGAAUUAUAGAGGGGCGUUUUAUUACUAUGGAGAAUCGUUGCGUUACUGGGAUACGAACAAUGCUGCUAACUGGCACGUGCAGCGUGUGCAGCGUGUGCAGCGUGUGCAGCGUCUUAUAAGAAGUUAAGUUUAAAAACUUAACAUGUAAAAUAAACAAGAUGAACUAUAGAUGGUUUAAGCUUCACGCUGUGUUAUCAAUAAGUUAUUUAAAUAUAACAUAUAUGGUAUGAUAUAGCAAGCCGCACAGUAAACAAUAAAAUAUUACGUGAAUUUGUAUUGUAAAAUAUU